AUGGCGCAAUCUCUCAAUGCUCAGGUUGCUUUCUUCGAAGAGGCCGCAUCAAAUCCAUUCCUCGUGAUGGGACUGGUGGUGACGUUUUCGCUCCUAGCUCGUUACUACGAGUUAUUGGCUGGCACUUCCCUGAUCAUCUCACGACUCCUUUGGCUUUUCGUCGUCAUCGUUGCGUGGCUAAUCUUCAUGGUGCUCAUGAUCAUUGUAAGUACUGUUGUGAUCCCUCUGCACUGCGUCGCCAACGCUGUCUGGAAGAAGGGAGCUGGAAUAGCUAAUGGUUGUGACAAGCAUCGCCAAGAACCCGCCAGCAAUGGUGACAAGCUCUGGCGGGAAGGAUUCAGCGAAGGCUCAAGCUCGAGCGAUGAGUUCCUCAAGUUCUCCAAAUUGCCAAAGUCUCCCAAUUUCCCAGAUUUCCCAGAUUUCGAGCGAGCCUGCAUCUAA